CACUUGGUUGAAAAUGGAAUGGUCUACAUUUUGGGGAUUUGCAGACCGCAAGUAAUCAUGGCAUCGACAACAGAAAAGGCGUCAACUGAAAAAAGAGUUGCAAUUGUUACCGGUGGAAACAAAGGUAUUGGACUCGAGAUAUGUCGCCAGUUGGCCUUAAACGACAUUACAGUCAUACUAACCGCUAGGAAUGAAAGCCGGGGUGUUGAAGCUGUCGAAAAGCUUAAUGUUUCUGGUUGUGUAGACGUUGUUUUUCAUCAACUUGACGUGAAAGAUCCGGCAAGUGUUGCUCGAUUGGCCGAAUUCGUUGAAUCCCGGUUCAAGAAACUCGAUAUCUUGGUGAAUAAUGCUGCAGAAAAUGGAAUAAUUGUGAAUUAUGAUGCUUUCAGAGCCUUCAAAGAUGGAGCAGGAUAUGAGGAAGUGUAUGACAAGAAUGCACAUCUUUUAACUGGGAUUAUAGAACAGCCUUACAAUUUGGGAGAGGAAUGUAUAAAAACGAAUUACUAUGGAGCUAAAGCAGUAACGGAAGCGUUUCUUCCCCUUCUCCAACUUUCUAGUUCUCCGAGAAUCGUGAACGUUUCUUCAAAUUACGGAGAGCUACAAUGGAUUCACAAUGAGAAGGUGAAAGCAGAGUUCCUAGAUAUCGACAAUCUCACCGAGGAGAAGAUUGAUGGAAUCAUUCAACGGUUUUUGAAGGACUUCAAGGCCAAUAAGUUGUCGGAAAAUGGUUGGCCUCUGACUGUUGGUGCUUAUAAGGUUUCAAAAGCCGCAAUGAAUGCUUACACACGGCUUCUAGCAAGAAAGUUUUCAAAUAUCCUUGUCAACUGUGUCCAUCCAGGUUAUGUGAUAACAGAUAUCACAUCUGACACAGGACAUUUAACCCCAGAAGAAGGUGCAAGAGCACCUGUAAUGGUUGCUUUGUUGCCUAACAAUAGUCCUUCUGGGGUUUUCUUCAGUCGAAUGGAAAUAUCCUCAUUUUAAAUAUUUUAAUAUAUAAAUGGUAAUAUCUUUAUUUUAAUAAAGGACAUUAUUGUAAUUUAACAAUUUCCUUGAAUAAAUAAAGAGUUUUUUAAUGUCAU